UAUUUUUAUUCAGGUGUAUCAGCUCUUAUGAGACCUGCAAGUGUUCCUUAAGAAAGUGGAGUGACGCAGACUUCGCCACGGAGGAGUUUCUGAUGAAUAAGGAGGCUUUCAGAGGAGGCUCUCUCAGUGCGCGCACCUGCGUAAAACACCGGCACCGUCCGAAACCGAGGAACCGCAAAGCUUUUACAGGAAGGCGACCAGCGGCUCAAUGGUCUGAAAUGAACCGGAUCUAUAUGAAAAGCUGAGAUUUUUUUUUUAAAUCUUUUAAACAAUGAGCUACAAUUCUGUUGGAUUACAAACUAUGAAGCUCCACUCCGCCGCUUUCUCCUCUGAGCAGCUGUGACCGUCCAGACGCAGAUACGCACCGACCUCUCUCAGCUCUACUUGUCCUCCUGCGAGAAACGAUGACAUCCAAAUUACUGGCUUAUGUCUUACUUCUGUCGCUCCUUCACACCUGCUCUCUAACAAUCGAGUACGAAGAGGACUACGAGGACGUCACUGUGAACCAGAUGCUGGCUCCUAAAUCCCAGCAAACCGACGCCACGGAAAUACUCAAUAAUUUACUGAAAGAAUAUGAUAAGAAUCUGCGGCCGGACAUCGGAGUUAAACCAACGGUCAUUGAUGUCGACAUAUUUGUGAACAGCAUUGGACCAGUGUCUUCAAUAAAUAUGGAAUAUCAAAUUGACAUCAUCUUUGCCCAGACGUGGACAGACAGCCGCCUCAGAUACAACAGCACAAUGAAAAUACUGACACUGAACAGCAAUAUGGUUGGACUUAUUUGGCUACCAGACACCAUCUUCAGAAACUCCAAGAAUGCAGACUCCCACUGGAUUACAAUGCCUAACCAGCUGCUCAGGAUAUGGAAUGAUGGGAAGAUACUUUACACCUUAAGGUUGACUAUAAAUGCAGAGUGCCAGCUGCAGCUGCACAACUUUCCAAUGGAUGAACACUCGUGUCCGCUCAUCUUCUCCAGCUAUGGAUACCCGCAAGAUGAGAUGAUAUACAAGUGGAGGAAGAACUCCGUGGAGGCGGCUGACCAAAAGUCCUGGCGUCUGUACCAGUUUGAUUUUAUGGGCCUGAGAAACACUACAGACAUAAUAAAGACUACAGCAGGUGACUACGUGGUGAUGACGGUGUACUUUGACCUGAGUAGGAGAAUGGGCUACUUCACCAUCCAGACUUACAUCCCCUGCAUCCUCACAGUGGUUCUCUCCUGGGUGUCCUUCUGGAUCAAAAAGGACGCCACUCCGGCCAGAACGGCUUUAGGUAUAACCACAGUUCUAACUAUGACAACUCUCAGUACUGUGGCCAGGACAUCACUGCCCAGAGUGUCUUAUGUCACCGCAAUGGACCUUUUUGUCACUGUCUGCUUCCUGUUUGUCUUUGCUGCUUUGAUGGAAUACGCAACGUUAAAUUACUACUCGUACAGCACUCGAAGACCCAGCUGCAUGGAACAUAAAAGAUCGAACUACUCUGUCCUGGAUGUGAGACCUCCUCCACACACCGUCAUCGCUUUAAACAACUCCAUGUACUGGCAGGACUUUGAGGACACUUGUGUCUACGAGUGUCUGGACGGAAAAGACUGUCAGAGCUUCUUCUGCUGCUUCGAGGAGUGUAAAGGUGGCGCAUGGAAAAAAGGACGCGUCCACAUAGAUCUACUUGAACUGGAUGCAUACUCGCGUGUCUUUUUCCCAACAUCCUUCUUGUUGUUCAACGUCGUCUACUGGGUAGGCUAUCUCUACCUUUAGCACACUGCAGGUGCCUGCUUGGUUUCAAAAGGAAGACAGCACAGUUCAAUAGUGGAAAUUCAAUAUUAAUAAAACACCAAAUAAACUCGUUCCUGUGGAACCUGAAGCAGUUACCCAGAGAUGAAAACACAGUCGAGAGGACAGUGGAUGUCUGCAGGCUUGUACCAGCCUCGAGAUUUCUGCCUCGCUGACUUCAGGUAUGAGAAAUCAACACCACACUGAUUCCCUUCAUAUGCUGUACACAGAGGGAAGUCGGGAUGGACUAAAGACAACUUGAAGACAAAGAAGGAAAUGUGCUUUGGACUGCUACCCCAGACUCCUCAGUCAGGACAGCUUGUGUAGUAGGGAAUAUUAUUAUCCAGCCAUCAGUCAAAUCCAGUUGAUGAAAAUCCAAGGACAGUCAAACCAUUCAUAGUGCCUUCCUCUGGAGGGGUAGAUACUAUCUGCUACAAUAAUCAGGGAAUAAUGAUUUAUUUAAAAAAAGAAGAAGAAGAAGAAGAAGAAGAAGAGCCUGGCUUUGACUGAUUGUGGCUUUUCUCAUUCAGAGCUUUGAGUUCCAUUUAUAAAACAGCCAUUUGUUGGAACAACCACAUGAACCACAUUAGAUUCACAUCUCUUCAUUAUGACUUUCCACCAUUAGGCAUGACUCAUCUGUCCUUCUUGCAGCUCCGUUAGUACUCUAUAGGGAGUAAUAAAUAAAUUGGUGCCCACGCAAGAGGAUGAUUCAAAUUAACCUUACUGCUGAGAUAAUAGUUUGUGCUUUAUUACUGCAUUUUUCUACAUUGCUGGGUGCAGAAUGAGUUAUUUGAAUUGUUCUUUGUAUUUUAUUUACAUGUGUUCAAACACUGACAAGCCUCUCAUUGGGUUAUCCUUAGAACAUCAAGAAAACCAGAAUUAUGGGUAACUCUCUGUACUUCAAUAUACCGUAAUUUCCGGACUAUAAGCCGCUACUUUUUUCUCACGCUUUGGACCCUGCGGCUUAUACAACGAUGCGACUAAUGUAUAGAAUUUUACGCGCGAGCUUCAUGCCAUCAUUAAGUUUAGCCUCGUCACAUCAGACCAAUAAAAUUACCAAACAGGUCACAGUGGACCAUUUACACUGUUCGAAUUAAAUCAAACACACUCUAAAUUCUUCAGAUCAAUCAUUUUGCGCUUCAUGCAUACACCCUCAUCAUGGAAAACAGUAAGAAAUGCGUAUGAUGCAGCUGUUGCAGGCCAAGUCUGCUCUCCUUUAACCUAGGCAGGUUAGGGUGUGUGUGUGUGUGUGUGUGACGUGAGGAGGAGCGCUGCAGCUGUGUGUGUGUGUGUGUGUGUGUGUGUGUGUGUGUGUGUGUGUGUGUGUGUGUUGCAGACACGAGUGUGGAAAUGGAGGCAGAGCGAAAUGCACCACGAUCAUAUACAAUACGAUACAAUAAAAACUUAAAGAUAAGUUUUAGCGCUAGCAGGCUAAGCUAAGCACGCUAGCUUAGCACGUUGGAGUUGGCAGCAUGCGUGGAGUGACUCCAUGUGUUUCACUGCUGUCUUACAGGGACUGUUCAGGAAAAAAGUAUGUAUUUAAUUACAAGUUGAAUAAAAUCUUUCAGUGUAAAUAUCUCAUGUUACAACGUGGACACCUGCGGCUUAUAGUGAAGUGUGGCUUAUAUAUGUCCAAAAACUUUUUCUUCUUAAAUUUGGUGUGUGUGGCUUUUAUUCAGGUACGCUCAAUAGUCUGGAAAUUACGGUAAAUGUUUAUCCAACUCAUAACAACUAUUUCAUGUCCAUGAUUAAUGAAAAUAUACUUUUAAACAAAACAUUUUUGGAUAUUUUUGGAAAGUCAUUUAUUUACUUUCUUGCCACAGAGGUAAAUACUAAUUUUAGAAUCACUCAUGUCUGUAAACCAAAUGUGAAGUUUAAGCCAGCAGUCAGUUAGCUUUGCUUAGAACAAAGACUAGAAGCAGAGGCCAAUAACUAGCAUGGCUCUGCCCAAAGAUGAGGAAUUUUGUCUACCUGCACUUUUGCAGUAACUACUUGAACUUAUUAAUGAAUAUAUAGAUAUUACCUGGCUGCUUGUUUCUGCUUCCAGUCUCUGUGCUAAUCUAAAGCCACUUGCAGACAUGCACUUCUUUCCAUUAAUCUAAUGACAUCAUUUCUAUUUUACUUUCAACAUCAAGUCUGAACUGUAUGUCGUCAGACAGGCACACACAAGUAUCAAGUUGUAUAAAUUGACUCAGUAAAAUCAUAUUCCACAUUUCAGCAUCGCUAUUGGUCCAAAAACAUCACAGAGCAAAAAAGACAGUGUGCAUGACAAACCACACAGCACCAUUCUCUUUCAGCUUGCCCAACAAUUUCUCAUUCAUUUAACAAUAAAACUUUACUGCAAUGAAGAUCGAACUGGUCAGACUAAUGAAGUAAAAUAAUUAACACAAUUCAGGUUUUGACAAAAUGUUAACGGAAGUUUUUCCUCUAAGUUUUUAAAAACCGGUAGCAUUGAACAGCAGCUAGACCAAUAUGAGCAUCUCCAAAGCGAGAGAAAUGUCCAUAUUUAUAUACCUGGCACAAAAGAACCAGUAGCAGUAGUAGUUUCAUUAUCUACAAUUUCAUGACAAAGAUCGCAUUAUUGUAAAAGUGGCCUAUGCCUGAAUGACAGAAUGCCAUCACUGUAACAGACAAAUAAAGCAUGAAUGGUAAAUAUUACACAUCUGAAAAGGGCUGAAGAGAACGAGCAGCUGGCGCCAGCUUCAUAUGUAGCAUACAGACAUGAGAGAGGUAUCAAUCUUCUCAUUUAAAGCUCAAGAGAUAAACUAUUAAGUGUAUUUCCCAAAAUGUCCAACUAUUCAUUGAAAAUUCCAGCAGUGGUGGGCUGUCAAUCCAUACUACAUGAGUCACAUAUAUGAACUUGUUUUGUUAUUCAAUUAGCAUUAAGCUGUGGUGGGUCGUAAAUCAUGACUUGAAUACAGUUACAGACAGGAGACAAAAAAGCUGUUUAUGUCCACCAGCUGCAUUAUCACAGAUUGGGGCUGUUUGAGAUGAAACAUCAAGGGAGCAAAGGCAGCCAUGCUUGUAAUUCAAGUGUUAUUUUCUAGAUGUUGCACAUAUCACAUCAUGUACUGCCGUUGCACAACAGCCACUUCUGGCCAGAGCUCUGAACACACACUCGAUAAAAUGAACAGGCAAAGACAGUUUUUUUUUUAGCUGUUACACUAGAUCUGCUGUAAUGAGUGUCAUUUGUGCAUUACUGUAGGCAUAAAUAUAAUAAUCCCACUUAUUAGGAUCACUACACUCUGUUUGGCCGUUGAUACUUCUUCGCAUGUCACAGAAAACUGACCUUUUCCCUGACGAGGAUGUGAUACAUUUAGAGGUAGAAUUCUAGUUUUAAUGUGGACAAUUGUAUUAUAUUUUUUGUGUGUGUGUCUAGACUUGGCAUUAGCAACCGUUGAAUUGCCUUAGUGUAGCCCACCCAGAGCUGAGAUGAACACCAGAAAUACAUAUUUACCUCUGACAAUAACCUCAGCGUGGUAAAGACCUCACUGCAGCGAAGGAUACUCCUUCACCUUGGGCAGUAAACUUAAUUAAACUUUUUAUAUCCCUUUUUUCAGCUUUUUUUCCUUCUUAUAUUUGCUAUGUAUGUGCCAAAUAUUUCACAUAUGUGCCCUGUCACUUAUGUUUUCAAGCAAGUCUGAAAAAGCCUAUAUAUACAUAUAUAUGUACAGAUAUAGAAACUGUGGAGUGUUUAUAGAGUACCAGGGUCAAUGCUGUGUUCACAUUGUGGCAUGACGCAGCUGAAACUAAAGUAUUUCCAGUAAGAAAAGAACAGUAAAUUCUGUCUGCACUGGUGUAAAGUGCCGCUUACUGUGCCUGCAGACAAACAGGAUGUGGACUGAAAAUGAAAAUGGAUGCAGGCACGUGUCACUGCGCCUGCUAAUCGAAUUUCCCAGACAAAUACAAAGUACUGACAGCAGUUCUCCUCCUGACUGUUUUGGUCUUUUCUUUGGCAUUAAACCUAUACUUUAAAACCACAAAUGGGGCACAUGGGGCAUUUUCUUGGCUACAAUGUGAAUACAAGACUAUACUUUUAUAGCAUUUUUAUGACCAGUGUUUAUUUUGCAGUGCUUAUUGAUUCAUUAGUCUGUGUUGCCCUGAUGUUACAGUGUUCUGACUCCCUUCAGCUGACAGACGAAGGGCGAAGCAAUAAGGUUUACUGAGUGGUGCUAUACUUUAGAGUAACUCUGACAUUGCCACAUAAAAAUAAAAAGUGAUUACAAAGAACAUA